UUGUGGUCAUUAGACUCUUGGCUGGCCGGCGUGACGGAGGAGGAAGUGAGAGAGGCCUGGAUCUCCGAAGUGGGGCUAGGGUCUCUUCUCGAGUUUUGUGUGGAGGGGCCGGCGUGCCGUUUUCGGUGCACCGGUCAUCUUGCCCCCUGUCCGCUGAAAAGGGACUGCGGGGCGGGAUCCUCCACUCUGCCGAGUGGACUUGAUCCGCAUUCGGCACAAUCCCGCUCUCCAGCUCCUCUGCAUCAGGGGACUCCGGGGACGCGGGAACAAGGAGUGGUAGAGCCUUGCUGUGGCCUUCGGGCUGCGACAAGCAUCGGGCUAGCUCGACCGGGGGUCCGCGCUCGUGCAAAGUAUGGAGGCGCGGGUGCAUCUCUAAGAUGCGCUGGCUUCCUGCUCCUCUAUUUUCUGAUUACAGGACCUACGGGGACGCAGGACACUCUCGGCGGCACUACCACUCCUCAGCUCCUCUGCAGCAGGGGACUCCGGGGAUGUGGUAGCCUUGAGAAGGAAGCAUGUGUGGCGGUUGGUGCUCGAGUAGGUGCAGUGGGCACGGGACAUGGAAUGGACAACGGACAACGACCUGCUGGUGAUAUGGACAAAACGACGACGGUGGUCAGCUCGGAUGAGGAGGAGCAGAUCACGAAAAAUAGGAGAGUGCACACCACGAGUGGCUCGGAAAUGGAGGCGGAGGAGACUCGCUCGGCGUUCUUCACUGGAGGGACGACGGCGAGUUUCAAGCCGUUCCGAAAGAGACCGCUGAGGAGAGAAUCGGAGGGGAGCUCCUCUGGUGGUAGUGCCAAAUCCUCCCUUGUAAAAAGAGGGAGAGGCGAGGACGGAGAUAGCGAUCGUGCCAGGGAUGAGGAAGCGGCGGCGAUGGCGGCGCGGCGAGUCGAAGCCGCAAUAUCGUCGGUAAAGACGCUGCCGGCCUCAUCUCUAGCGAAGGAGAUGGAAAGGGCCCUGGGGGUGAUCGUGGAAGUGGCUACGAACUCUAGGAAUCUGAAGGGAGGAUGGGUCCGGGCGCUGAAGACGUCGGCGGCGUUGUUGGGAGAGGCCAAGGACGUCCUCCUGCAGAGGACCAGCGGGAAGGAAGCGGAAAUCCUCCAAGCUCGGCUCGAGGAGGAGAAGCGCAAGAACGCGCUUCUCCAACAAGAGCUGGGGAUGCUGAGGGACGGUCAGGCCCGCCUACGGGCGGACCUGGACAACCUCUCAUCCCCAAGGGCAACGAGGACGGACAGAGAAGAAGGAGAAUUUCGCGUGUCCCUGAUGAGGGAAAUCGGCGCAAUGAUGGACGCGAAGCUCCAGGGGAUAGAGGGGCGCCUGAUGCCUGAAAGGCGCCUCAGACCUCCCCUGGCAUCGGACAAGACGCAGGCACCACCGACUAGAACACCUGCACCGGCCACGACUUCGUCAGAGGCCAGGCGGCCUGGUGCGGCGGACAACGGCACCAAGGCCAAAAAGGCCAAAGUCAAGGAUACGACAACAAGACCUCUGCCCCUGCCGCCUCCUUCCAGGGAGGAGACAUGGACAGAGGUAACCAAAAAGAAGAAAAAGGGAAAGAAGGCACAGGAGACAAGAAGAACACAAACUCGACAGCAGCCCAAUACAGGGCGCAAGCAGUCUCGACCAAAGGGGCAGGCGAGGGAGGCCAGUCGGCGACCUCCGCCUAAAACCAAACUCAAAACGCCCAGGUCCGCAGCGGUGGUCAUCACCCUCUCUGAUGACGCCGCUGCAAAAGGAGUCACCUACGCCUCCAUCCUCAAAGAGGCGCAGGCAAAAGUAGAUCUAAAGGAGACGAUCGGUAUCGAAUCGGUCAAGUUCCGCAGGGCCGUUACCGGAGCCACGAUACUCCAAAUACCGGGAGCUGGUAACGACCCGAAGGCGGACUUACUUGCUGAUAAGCUGAGGGAGGCCGUCGGCGGUGACUGUAUCCGCAUCUCCAGGCCCGUCAAACUCAUUGAUAUGAGAGUCACGGACCUGGCGGACUGUGUCACCGCUGAAGACCUCGCCAAUGCCAUCGUCUCCAAGAUGGAGUGUGCCGCGGCGCAAGUGAAACACACAACAAGCAGACGGCAACAGCAGGAGAGCCGCGCGUCAAUGACGCUGAGCGGCGGACGUACGUCGAAGCCCGGAGCAAUGGACACACCAGUCACCGGACUUCGGCUACUACGAAAGGAUUGGGCCUUGGAGGUUUAG